UCUCUCCCCCCCCCCCCCCCAAAAGUCUAUUUCCGUACCUUAUAUAUAUCAGCAAAGUUGGUUAUAUAUACACCCACGUUCGUGCUCAGUCUGCUCAAAGAUUCACUCUUUUCUCAAACGUUUGUUCGUGCACUGUUUUUGCGUCCGCCGCCGUUAAUAAGUGUUUGAUAAUUUGUCUCAAAUGGAUAUGAUGGGGGUGAACAACCGGAGCCCGAAGCAGAGCAAGAGAAGCAGAUCGUCAAAGGGGGUGAAGGUGGUGUACAUAUCGAGCCCCAUGAAGGUUCAAACCAGUGCCUCUAAGUUCAGGGCGCUUGUGCAGGAGCUCACCGGCCGAGACUCCGACGCCGAGCGGUUCAUGGAGACCAACGGUGGUGGUGGUCACCGUCAUCAGAAUAUUCCUGAGUUUUCUCAUGAGCAGCAACUCAAGGCCGCUGAUGUUGACCAUCAUGUAUUCCCUCACCAUCAGAUUCCUUUCUCGAAUUCGAUUUAUGAGUUUCCGAAUUUCUCCGACUCUUUGUUUGAACCGUUUACUGGGCAUUUUGAGCUCGAUGUGCUCAGAAGCUUUGAUCAACUAUAAGUCUUAUAGCUAGUAUUCCCUUUGUAAUUAGCGGUAACUAUAUAUACACUUUUUUUUUCAUUUAA